ACGUUUAUGUUUAGCUUUAUUUCACAAACCGAUCAACAGGCAGAAAUUUAGUGAAAUUCUAUCUAAUAUUUAUUAAUCAUAACUUUGUGGCGAUCUCCGUAUAUUGAUAGUGUUUCUAUAAUACUGGCUAGUGCUGUGAUAGUAUUAUAUUCAUAUGACGGAAAUGAAGCACGCUGUGAAAAUUUAUUUUUGAACUGAGUGAGCGGCUUCUUGGAAUUUUGCGUGUGCAAAAAUACGUAGAACACGUAAAACUAAUAAAUUUGUUUGUUUCAGUCGAUGUUGGGCUGUGUAAAUAUAUAUUGCUUUGGAAUGGCCUGAAUGAUUUUUAAGUUGAAUAGUUCCUGGAAUUAAUGUGAGUAUGUCAAAAUGCUUGGAGAGCGAAUCCCAUUUUUUCUGAUAUUGUUGAUCUCCGCGUACUCAGUGGUAGGAUUAGGAUGGAUAUCUCCACAGGCUCCAAUUUAUCGAUUAGUAAAUCAAUCGUAUAAUCUUAGUUGUAGUUUGAACAGUUCAGAUCCAGAGACAAAGAAAUUCAGCAGCAACGAUCUUAUGUUUUUCAUUAAAGAUGUACCAGUUUCUCGAGAGUAUAUAACGAUUUUAAAUGAGACAACUAUUCAACUUAAUGUGCAAAACGCAACAGUGAGUGCUGUUCAAUAUAUUUGUAAGCUGAAUUUUACUAAGGGAGUCGACAUGCGGAGCGUUUUCGUAGGCUACAAACCGUACAACGUAACAAACUUCAAAUGUCGUUCAGAAAAUUGGCAAAAAAUGAAUUGCUCGUUCGGACAGGAAUAUAAUCCGAUACCAACAACAUACGAUUUGAGUUUCCGCUUUGAUACGUCACCCGUCGAUUUUAACUGUCCCCUGGAAGGGCAGUUCAACAAUACAUGGAAGUGUUCAAUCGAUUUGGAUUCAUCAUAUCGCCAAUCUCAUGAAUUGUAUUAUUUCGUCUUAGUAUCCAACAACUCGUUCGGGAAAAAUCGCGAGGUUUUCGAGGUUAACAACUUCAAUAAUGUUAUCCCCGAGGCACCUUCAGAAUGCCAGGCCAAUAACAUAACUUCUAACAGUGCGAUUUUACACUGGACGAUAUCUUAUAAGCUACAAACCUUCAAAAGAGACUUUAUAUUCCAAGUCAAAAUAUUAUCCAGUUUUGACAAUAAAUCUUGGAAACCGGUCAGCACCGAUGCGAUAUCUAAAUCAGUAACGAACUAUACUCUACCUAUUGAGAAUCUAGAAUAUGCAGACGCGAGAUAUGAUGUCAGAGUAAGGAUGAGAACAUUAACAGCAGAGAACAUAGAGGAAAUGUGGUCGAACUAUUCGAGUUGUCUGUUCAAUACUUUGCCACGAAGACCGGAUGAACCACCAAAAACAGCAAUCGGCGGGUUCGAAAUUAACGUGUACAAUGACAUAUUUGUAUAUUGGCGAGAAAUACCGAGAAGCAAACAUAAUUCUGUGAAUGGUUUUCGAUAUAAGAUCACGGACAUUAGAAGAAAUGGAAUUCCAAUCAGUAAUGUAACGGAAGGCCGUAACGGAAGUACAAUGGUUCAGUUCCGAAAUAUGACUGACGGAAACUAUACCUUUGUCAUCAGGAGUUCUAAUAGUGAGGGCGAUUCCUUGGAAUCCAGCACAUUAUUCAUCCCAAGCAAAGACUAUCGUUUGCCUAAACCAGAAAUAAUCAAACUGCUAUCAGACUCUGGAAGAUACCUACUCUCAUGGAAAGCAAAUCCUGAGCAUGCAUCAAAAAUAACUUCUUACACUAUUUUCUGGUGUAAUUCAAGCAGCAAUUCGCCUAACGAUUGUAACGGUUCAAUCAGCUUCGAUUACGUUAACGGGACAGCCAACAGUUACGAACUAAAUAAUGUGAGCUCGACACUAAAUUUUGCCGUAGCCGCUAAUUCCGGAAAAAUGUCAUCUGGAAUGGUAUGGGCAUCGUGUACGGCAACUCAGAAGAAUGACAUAGGUAAACUCAAAACGAUUUGGAUUCCAGCGAUGCAAUCGACAUAUAUUGAUUUAGAAUGGAAGCUGGAAUGUGGGGAUAGUGCAAUAGUUGAAGGUUAUAAUAUUAUUUAUUGCCCAAUAAACUCACCAAGAGAUCAGAGUUGUAGAACUCCUGAAAAGUCUCUGAAUAUAACCGGAACUACAUCGCACCGUAUUAGUGAGUUGAAACCGUAUGUGACGUAUAAAAUACAGGUAGCCAUGUAUUCUAGAACCCGAAUCGGACCAAGAAGUGAGCCUCUUUUCAAUACAACACUUGAAGCAGCACCAUCACCACCACGAGAUUUGAUAUGCAAAGAGAUUCGAAAUGACUCAAUUACAUUACAAUGGAAACCACCUUUGCACAUUAAUGGUGGCAAGAUGAACUAUGAAGUAUGGUAUAAUCAUUUAAACACCAAAGUUUAUAUCGAGGAUUAUACUAAAGCUGUAACAUAUACACUGACAACACUAAAACCAUUUACAAACUACAAAAUAAUUGUUCGCGCAUACACCAUAGGAUAUUCCAAUACUUCAAACUCCGUAGAUGUAACAACUGAAAUAGGUGUUCCUGGCGUAAUACAGCAGCCAGGAUCUGUGGAUUUAAAUGAUACCAGGCUUGCAAUACAGUGGUCAUCACCAGAACUCAAAGCUGGAUGCAUUGAAUAUUACGAACUUAGGAUAAAGACUAAAGAAUCGGAUACUAUCACGCGGGUACAGAGCCCAUUUUGUCGUUUAAAACGUUCUAUAUGUCAAAUUGGUUCAACUGAAUUUAAUCGCACUGACAAAUAUGAAUUUUACGUACGCGCAGUAAAUGUUAUUUUGAGUCCCCAUGCACCAAAUUAUACCAUAUGGAAUAAACUACACUGUGGAGAAAAGUAUUCUUAUUACAUAGAGCAAGGAGUACCUGAUUCGAAUCAACAUUAUACGUAUUAUAAUUCGAUAGAAUGUGAACGUAACGGUAACGAGAUUCCGUUCAUUAACUGGAAUAGCAUAGACAAAUUUGCUACUAUUUUACACGGUGAAUGGUCAAAACCACUCUCACACUGGUGUAAUUAUGGUCCUGAAAACACACCAGCGAUUAUUUUUCUAACUAUAAUUGCCUGUUCUGGCAUCGUUAGUUUAAGUAUAUGCACUUAUGUGAGUUUGAAGAAAAUGAAACAAAUUAAGAAUAUAAAAGUUGUUCUUCCGGACGCGUUGAACGAUAUUGUAGCAUCAGAUAAAUCUAAUGUCUCGAGGGAUUUCAAUUCAUUCCAUGGACAUGACAACUACGAUGAACUGCUAGUGAAAGCUCAAGACGAUCGAUCUCUUUCGUUCGCAUUAAAUCACAGACAUACAGGAAACAAUUUGCCCGCUUUGGAUGAUGCAACGAGCUUGAGCUCGUCUCAAGAGAACCUUAAUGACGGAGAUGGAAUAAUCAAUGAUGUAGAUUUGUUGUCCCUUUCGGACGACUACAAAUCGCAUUAUAAUUUGUCUUUGGACAAAGGUUUGGAUCAAACAACGCAAACAAAAUAUAAUAAUUCUACUGAUAUGACCAUGGCACCAAACAAGGAUAACUUGUUGCAUUUCAACACUAGCGGUUACGUUUUGGCUCCCAAACAUGGUUCAAAUGGAUAUGUGCUGGCACCUAUGCCAAAGGCUCCCGAUUCUAACGUCAUACGAACAAAUUGCUUAGUAGGAAAUGGGAACACAAAUUCUUCAAAAAUGCCGAUUAUGGUGUCGACAGAUGUGGAAGGGAUUUCAGGAUAUGUAACACACAAGCAAUUAGUAGACUAUGGACACAAAAUGCAGUGAAUACACGAACAAUCAGAUUGCCCCCA